AUGGCUCUACCUUAUUUGCGAACUGGACCUGGUGGCUAUGAACGUGGGCAGAAUUCGUACCUGAAGCAGGUGUUGCUCUGCUCUGUGGUAAAAUCAAUGACUUGUUCUGAAAACAGCUCUGACUUCGAUUGCAGCGGUGAUUCAGCAGAGGCGUCGUCGUCCUGCCCGGGCGCCUGCGCCGGCAGCAACCGGCUGCCGUCGUUCCAGCGCGCCGGGCGCGACAGCGGCGCGUUCAAUUGGGAGUCAUGCAGCCAGGGCGGAUCAGGAUGGUACGACUUGCUGAGCAGCCAGGUGGACGCCAUCGCCGGCGCCGGAAUCACCCACGUGUGGCUGCCGCCGCCGUCGCACUCCGUGGACGCGCGAGGCUACCUCCCGGGGCGGCUCUACGACCUGAACGUGUCCAGGUACGGGAACGAGACGCAGCUUCGGGCCCUCGUCGCGGCGUUCCACCGCAGGGGGAUUAAGUGCGUCGCCGACGUCGUCCUCAACCACCGCACGGCGGAGCGCAAGGACGGCCGCGGCGUCUACUGCAUCUUCGAGGGCGGCACGCCCGACGGCCGCCUGGACUGGGGCCCCCACAUGCUCUGCCGCAACGACAGCUACUCCGACGGCACCGGCAACGCCGACACCGGCCUGGACUACCAGCCGGCGCCGGACCUCGACCACCUCAACGCCCGCGUCCGGAGCGAGCUCGCCGACUGGCUCAACUGGCUGAAGGCGGACGUCGGCUUCGACGGCUGGCGCCUCGACUUCGCUAACGGCUACUCCCCAGCCGUCGCCGGCAUGUACAUCAACGCCACCUCGCCCGACCUCGCCGCCGCGGAGAUAUGGACGGACCUGGCGUACGAGGCCGACGGCAAGCCGCGCGCCAACCAGGACGCGCACCGGCAGAUUCUCGCGGCGUGGGUGGACGCAGUGGGCGGCCCCGCGGCGGCGUUCGACUACACCACCAAGGGCGUCCUGCAGGCCGCGCUCAACUUCAGCGAGCUGUGGAGGAUGCAGGACGCCCAGGGGAGAGCGCCCGGGCUGGUUGGCCUGCGCCCAGCCCAGAGCGUCACGUUCGUCGACAACCACGACACCGGGUCCAAGACGCAGCACAGCUGGCCCUUCCCGCCGGAGAAGGUCCUGCAGGGCUACGCCUACAUCCUCUCGCAUCCCGGCAUCCCGUGCAUCUUCUACGAUCAUUUCUUUGAUCCGACCAUGAAAGACGAGAUAGCUACGAUGAUAAAAAUCCGGACGCGGGACAAGAUCGGGCCGACGAGCUCGCUGCGAAUCCUGCUCGCUCAACACGACGCCUACGUGGCGGAGAUCGACGGAAAGGUGGUAGCCAAGGUUGGAGCUAGGUACGAUGUCAGCAAGAUUGUUCCCCCAGAGUUCGUGGUGACCACCAGCGGGAACGAUUUCGCAAUAUGGGAGAACAGGUACAUUGAUUUCCCAAUUCUUCAUUUCUUACACUAGUCCAUCAACCCAUG